UGGAGGAGAAAAUGGUGAUUUGAAGUGCAGUCUUGUUCUAUAGCUAUCUGUGGGUGGCUAUGGCUUCCAUGUCUUUGUCUUUUUGUUCUUGCAUCGUCCCCUCUCGAAUUCCCCACGACAAAUCCAACAAAACCCACAGCCAUCAUCAGCCUACUUUCCCUCUCAUUCGCUUUGGCAUUUCAGCUCCCGCCGUCAAAAAGCGACACUGGAAAAAAGGGGAGUUUCCUGCUACUUCCCAACCAUCCUUCCCCAACGACACUAGGAGGAAGACCCCUCUUAAGAACCUCAAGAAGAAAUUCGACAAAAAGAACGAUGCCAAGGCAUGGGUCAACACUGUCACCGAAUCCUUAUCCGAACGCAUCCACAACAAACACUGGCUUCAGGCCCUCCAGGUAUUUGAUAUGCUUAGAGAGCAAACCUUUUACCAACCCAAAGAAGGGACUUACAUGAAACUCAUUGUGUUGCUUGGAAAAUCUGGUCAACCCCACCGUGCCCAUCAGCUUUUUACCACAAUGAUUGAAGAAGGUUUAGAACCUACUCCUGAACUGUACACAGCGUUGCUCGCUGCGUAUUGCAGGAGCAACAUGAUUGAUGAGGCGUUUUCAGUUCUUAAUGAGAUGAAGAAGCUUCCUCGUUGCCAGCCUGAUGUUUUCACUUACAGUACCUUGAUCAAAGUUUGUGUCGAUGCUUUCAAAUUUGAUUUGGUUGAGUUGCUGUAUGAAGAAAUGGCUGAAAGGUCUAUCAUGCCAAACACAGUCACUCAGAACAUUGUUUUGGGUGGUUAUGGCAAGGCGGGCAUGUUUGAUCAGAUGGAGAAAGUACUGUCCAGCAUGCUGCUGAGCACUACAUGCAAGCCUGAUGUUUGGACAAUGAACACAAUCAUCAGUGUUUUUGGUAACAUGGGUCAGAUUGAUAUGAUGGAAAAAUGGUAUGAAAAAUUCCGUUAUUUUGGGAUAGAACCAGAGACGCGCACUUUUAAUAUUUUGAUCGGUGCCUAUGGGAAGAAAAGAAUGUAUGACAAAAUGUCAUCUGUUAUGGAGUAUAUGCGUAAGUUGCAAUUUCCAUGGACGACCUCUACUUACAACAAUGUGAUUGAGGCAUUUGCAGAUGCAGGUGAUGCGAAGCACAUGGAAUGUACAUUUGAUCAGAUGCGUGCUGAGGGUAUGAAAGCAGAUACCAAAACUUUAUGCUGCCUUAUCAAUGGUUAUGCAAAUGCUGGUCUCUUCCAUAAAGUAAUUAGCAGUGUUCGCUUGGCUGGAAAGCUCGAGAUACCUGAGAAUAUCACCUUUUAUAAUGCGGUCUUAUCUGCGUGUGCAAAGGCAGAGGAUUUGAUGGAAAUGGAGAGAGUUUUCAAGCGUAUGAAAGAUAGCCAGUGUCAGCCAGAUGACACAACAUACACGAUCAUGAUCGAGGCAUAUAGAAAAGAGGGUAUGAAUGACAAGAUAUACUAUUUGGAGCAGGAAAAGCAGACGAUGAUGACUGAUGAUAAAAAAGUUAGCCAGUUUGAGAAUGAAAUCUUGAUUUGAUUUUUGAUUUAUAGUUCAGACUGCUAAUGCAUCUGUAUUCUAUACCUCCAUUUUCCGGGAGCGGCUGUUAAUUUUUGUUUUGACAUGGAGUGACCAGUUGCUGAGUUGUGCUAUCAAACUUCAUUUUUCACGAUGAAUGACAGCUAGUCCUGCCUAACUUCUGUAUGUUGUUCAAGUUAAAUUUAUGUUUUAGCAUCCAUUUGAUUCGCAGAAAAGAACUUAACAUCUGCAGCUUUUGGUGUACAGAUUUAAUGAACUGAUAGUAGAGUUUAUUAGUUUAUUUUUGUCAAUUUAGAGCUCAUGUUAUAUUGAAGUGCUGCCUUUCAUUCCUGCUGCUUACCAGCCUUGUCUGAAGGAGGCUAUGUUUGAUGACA